UCUCAAAUUCAUAUCCCAUAGAAAAUUAUUGCAAAACAUAGGUCAGUUUUAACAAACGAAGAAAAAGCAGAAAUAUCCUCAUGUGUGUGUGUGAUCCAACAACCCAUAAAGAACCAAUAAUCGAGUACAAAAUCAGAGGCGAAAUCAAAGAUUUACUCUCAAUUUCAAUACCCUUAAGUGAAUUGAACUGAUAACAAUCGAAAUUUGCUGAAAUUGGAGCUGUAUGUGAUAGAGGAAAUAGUUUAUUCAUGAAUUGGAAGUGGAUAUCCUGCUGAUAUAGUUGGAGUAAGUCGCUAGACGCGAUUUCCUUGAGAUAUGAAGCUAGUUUUCGUACUUCUUGUGUUGGGAAAUUUGUGUUUAGUUGCGCCGGAUGCCCAAGGAGAUGCUCUCUUUGAACUGAGAACUUCACUUAAGGCUUCACCCGAUCAGCUCACAGACUGGAACCAGAAUCAAGUGAAUCCAUGCACUUGGUCUAAAGUUACGUGUGAUCCCAAUAACUAUGUUUUGUCCGUAUCUAUGUCUUUCAUGGGAUUCACAGGAACUUUGUCACCAAGAAUACAAGCUCUUUCAAAACUUACCAUACUUUCUUUGCAAGGGAAUCAAAUAACAGGGGGGAUACCUGAAGACUACGGGAACCUGACUAGCUUGACGAUGUUGGAUCUCGAAAAUAAUCAUUUAACUGGACCGAUACCGUCUUCACUGGGAAAUUUAAAAAAUCUACAAUUUUUGAUAUUGAGCCAAAACAAUCUCGAAGGGCCUAUCCCAGACUCACUAUCAAGUCUACCGAACUUGACUAGCAUUUUACUUGGUUCCAACAACCUGAGUGGUCAAAUACCUGAUCAUUUAUUUCAGGUCUCUAAAUACAACUUUACAGGGAACAAAUUGAACUGUGGCGUUAAUAAUACCCACCCUUGCACGUCUGGUUCCGAAGAUGCUUCGAAGAAGUCAAAGGCAGGGAUUUUAAUCGGGGUGAUUGCCGGAGUCCUCGUUCUUCUUUUGCUUGGAUGCUUGAUGUUGUUUUUGUGGAGGGGUAGGCACAAAGGCUACAAGCGUGAAGUCUUCGUUGACGUGCCAGGGGAAGUUGACCGAAGAAUAGCGUUUGGUCAACUGAAGCGUUUUGCAUGGAGGGAACUACAGGUUGCUACAGAUAACUUCAGUGAGAGAAAUGUGCUCGGACAAGGUGGCUUCGGGAAGGUUUAUAAAGGAGUUCUCGGGGACAACACAAAAGUCGCAGUGAAACGGUUAACCGAUUACGAGAGUCCAGGUGGCGAUGCAGCAUUCCAACGUGAAGUAGAGAUGAUAAGUGUUGCUGUACAUAGGAAUCUCUUACGUCUCAUCGGCUUUUGCACCACACCCACCGAACGUUUGUUGGUCUACCCUUACAUGCACAACUUAAGUGUCGCCUAUCGCCUAAGAGAACUUAAACCUGGAGAGGCGGUUUUGGACUGGGCCACAAGGAAGCGGGUGGCUUUAGGGACCGCGCGUGGACUCGAAUAUCUUCACGAACAUUGCAACCCGAAAAUUAUUCAUAGGGACGUUAAGGCGGCUAAUGUAUUGCUUGAUGAAGAUUUUGAAGCUGUUGUAGGUGACUUUGGGUUAGCGAAGUUGGUCGAUAUCAGAAAGACUAAUGUGACAACCCAAGUUCGUGGGACAAUGGGUCACAUAGCUCCGGAAUAUCUGUCUACGGGAAAGUCAUCAGAGAGGACUGAUAUUUUCGGAUAUGGGAUCAUGCUUCUAGAAAUUGUGACCGGACAACGGGCCAUAGAUUUUUCACGCCUUGAAGAAGAAGACGAUGUCUUGCUUCUUGACCAUGUGAAAAAACUCGAAAGGGAGAAACGGUUGGAUGCUAUUGUGGACCGCAAUCUGAAUAAGAGGUACAACAUGGAAGAAGUGGAGAUGAUGAUUAAAGUAGCAUUAUUAUGUACACAAGGGUCACCGGAGGACCGACCCGCGAUGUCAGAGGUGGUGCGAAUGCUUGAAGGUGAAGGUCUUGCCGAACGCUGGGAAGAAUGGCAGAAUGUCGAAGUUACGCGUAGGCAAGAGUAUGAUCGCUUGCAAAGACGAUUCGACUGGGGUGAAGACUCUAUUUACAAUCAAGAUGCUAUUGAGUUAUCUGGUGGGAGAUAAUUACCGUCUUAGUGGAUACAUGUUAUCGUGUUGUGUAUUAAAAUUUCACUUUCUUGUGUGUACAAAUUAUGGUUUUAUGAUGGUUUUUCUGUUGUGUUUCUUGUUGUCUACUUGUGUAUGUGAAGGGAAGCAUGUUUGUCUU